CCCGCCGGCCCCCCGAGCGGCGGGGCGGUACAAAGCGGGCACCGCCCGGCCCGGCAGGUGAGGGGUCCCCGCGGGAGCCGAGAUGCCCUUCUCGGCCGGCCCCGGCGCGGACGACGCCUUCGAUUACCUGUUCAAGAUCAUCCUGAUCGGGGACUCCAACGUGGGGAAGACGUGCGUGGUGCACCGCUUCAAGACGGGGCAGUUCAACGAGAAGCAGCAGAACACCAUCGGCGUCGACUUCACCGUGCGCUCGCUGGAUAUCGACGGCAAGAGGGUGAAGAUCCAAGUGUGGGACACAGCCGGUCAAGAGCGCUUCCGGACAAUAACCCAGUCUUACUACAGGAGUGCCCAUGGAGCCAUCCUUGCCUAUGACCUUACUAGGAGGUCCACAUUUGAAUCUAUUCCUCACUGGAUUCGUGAAAUUGAGAAGUAUGGUGCUGCAAACUUGGUCAUGAUGUUAAUUGGGAACAAAUCAGACUCGCUGGAUAAGCGCCAAGUCCUGUUUGAAGAUGCCUGCACACUGGCAGAGAAGUAUGGGCUCCUUGCUGUGUUGGAGACAUCAGCAAAAGAAGCUCAAAACAUAGAAGAGGUGUUUGUGUUGAUGGCUAAGGAGCUGAUAGCCCGAAAUACCUUGCAGCUUCAUGGAGAGAAUCCUCCGAACAGCAUCUAUCUUGACUCCAGGCCAGUGAUUGCUAGUCCAACUGCAGAGAAGAGCCAGUGCCUUUGUUGAAGAGAUUUCAGGAACGGAGUUGGAAGUUGUCAUCUUUCUGAGGCUGUUUGAUCUUUAGUUUUAUUCAACUGACGAAAGUCUGCUGUAUGGCCUCAAGCCAUCCCUCUGAUAUCCCUAACUUGCAGUUUGGUGCGUAAGUAUCUUCAGAGAUUACUGUUGCUGUUGACAGCACAGGUUGCUUUGAACAUGGCAGCUGAUGUUUUACCGUAAACUUAUGAGCUGAGAAGACUCAGGAAGCUACCAGCCCUUGCCUUAACCAAAGAGAACUAUAAAAACGAUUGCCUUAAUUAUGUCUUUUGAAAGAUUUUUCUGGCUGUGUAAGAAGAUAAAUUUGCACCAGAACUCUGCAUUGAUUUGAUCCUUCUAAGAUAUGCUGUUUGUUGUAGUGCAAGCUCUUUACCCUUUGCCAGUAACUUUAAAAUGUCCGAAGUCCUUGGUCAGCACUAACCUACUGAUGCCUCGACUUCUGUAUAGGGGAGGUCCUGAUGUCAGGCAUGUAGCCAGCCAUCCCCAGGAACUCAAUAUUCACAUUUGUAAGAGUACGUGAAUUUCAGAUCUGUAUUAAUUUCUUCACCAGACAAACCCAGAGACAUUCCUGAGCUUUCAAAGCAGGCAGAAUAUAUUAGGGUCCCAACCGUCUUCCUGGGGUGAAAAUGGUUGUCUUUUACUUUGCUCUCAAAUUAUAAGAAUUGUAUUUAGUGGUGACCUGUCUUGCUACACAGAGUUACAAGGAGCACUGAAGCUUUCAAAGCCACAGUAAUGACUUAAUGCUGGGGUGAAAGGACCAUCUUCUUUUCCUAAGCUUGUCUUGCUUUUGAUGUACUGAUCUUAAUCAAAAGCUGGCUGCUGGUUGUGUGGCAGGCCAGUGGCAGUAUGCUUGUAGAUUUUCAAGGGAGUGUGAAGGAAGGGAUUCAGGCUCUUGUAAGUCUCAGUGAUGGGUGUGAUUGUUUAUUAACAUUACCUGACCUUAGAGCAGUAAGGGAAGGGUUAUGGAGCACACCAGCAAGCUACCCCAGACAAAUAUAUAUGCUAUUCCUUUAGAGACUUAACUGAACAUUGUGGUAGCAGUAGAUGAUUUUGUAUUGUUCCUCCCAAAUGCAAACUCUGCUAGUGGGGGGCUCACUUCUUCUAUUUAGGGAAAAACAUGUAGCAAAUCCUUUUGGAAAAACUUGUCUGAGAAGCACAAAAAUAAAGUAGAGUGAAUCAUUGAUUUAGUCUUGCACAUAUUUCUAUUAUUAUUGUUGCUUCCUCUGGCCAGGUUCUUUGCUAUUGCAUGCAAAGAAUGGGUUAAUUCAGCUACCUGUAAACUGAGGGAGAAAUCUUCAGUGGUAGCCUCUAGGCCUGUUACUAUAGCCUGCUGUGAACAAAGCUGCUUCUUCAGGCAUCCUCUUUCUGAUAUGCAUUCUUUUUAAAUCUUAAUUUCAUCUCAAAGUGGUACUAGCUUAGUAAGUGCAUUCAGUUACAUUUAAGCAACACUGAACACCAUAACCUCUCAAAGUGGCUGACUAAGUAGCAGUCUACCCUCCACGCCGGUAUUUUCUUCACCUCCUGUCACUGGGAACAGUCAAAUGUAAGUUUAACGUUCUUGUGUUUAAAAUCCAUAUUCCCUCUUCUGCAAUGUAGCAGCUGUUACGUUUUUAGUAUCCACACUUAACUGCUAGCAAGCUGUUUUACUUCAGAGAUACCUGAGAUAGUUGUAGCAACUAUUAAUAUUGCAGAAAAUAGGAACUAGAUAUUCAUAUUUUCUGUCUUUCAUUACUUGAGAAUUAAAGGGAAGAUCUUAACAACAGACUUAACCUUUGCAUGGUUCAUUGGAUUUAUUGCCUUAGAGAUUCUUGUAUGAAGUUAUUUUGCUUACCCUCAGGAUGGAGGAGGCUUCUGCAGGCUGAUGAUCCCUUAGCUGUCCGGCACUACCAGGCUACAGGGCUCUUGCCAUUCUCUUCCAGCACACAUGGCGCUACUGGCAAAGUCCUUCCCUGGCAGAAAGCUGAGCAACACAGCAUUGCACAAACAGGCUUGCGGCUGAGCUGUCGUGCUGUGUUCUGCUCUGUUCCCUUUCCUUUGACAGGUGUAACACUUGUUCAAGAAACUGGCCUUAACUAUCUACCCUGACAUUCAUCUUUGUGCAGCUAAAGCAGGAGUGAGAGCCCUCUUUUGGUUGGUUGAUGUCUUCCACAGGCCCAUUCAGCAGUUCUGUUGAAUUGUUCCUAUAGGGUCAUUUUUUAAAGCUCUCUUCAUAUGAGAGAAGAAAGAACUGCAACAGUGGUGAAGCUCUUCAGAGUGUGUAUUAGUAGACCAUUAUUAACGAGGUAACAUAUGAAGAAAACUUUUAAACUUCAGUGUAGUAUGUUGUUCUAGACUGUUAGAUAGCAACCAGUAGAUUAAAAGGCAGACUAACUUCUGCGAUUGUGCCUUUCUCCAUCACAGCAGUUGGAAGCAUGCAGCUGUCACCAACGCAAGUGGCAUGACAUUAGCUGCUACAGAACCUUAUUUUAAUGUCUGCUCCUCCAUGGUUAUAUGCAGACCUGAUGUGCUUCUCGAGAGCAUCUUUAAUGUGUGUAUAGAGGUGGCUUAUUGUAAUGUUGUUUACAAUGCUGUUCUGAAAGUUACUACUGUCCCACAAUUUUAAGGGUUGUGCAUCCAAGUUGAAGAUAAAGUUGUUUGCUUUCA